CCUGCAGCCGGCGACCCCGCGGCCCCAGAGGGGGGACGCCCGGGCAGCCAUGGGGCAGGCGCCGCCAGAGGACUGGAGAGGGCGUCCUCCCUGUGGUCGGGGCGGGGACCAGCGCGUCCGCUCGGCCUCUGCGGGCCAGCCGCGGGCCAUCUUCUCGCCAGGUCACUGCCCGGGCCUUCCCGAAGGAAGGUGGGCCCUGCCCGGGCUGGCUGUGUUCGAGCCCGGGCCCACGGGGAUGCGCGGCCCGGAACGCCGACGCCUGGCCCCACGCGGGCCACCGAGCUCCACGUGCCGCGGCGCGGUCUGAGGCAGGGCGGUUGGGCCGGGCGGACUCCAGGGACCACACGCACCGAGAAGCCGCGGCGGUUCCGAGAACCCUGAGGUGCGGGUGCCUGCGAAGAGCCCGUCACGCCCGAGUCGCGAGCCCUUAACGCGCGGGCCCGCAGAAGGCGGGCGCUCCGAGGCGGGUCGGCGCGACAGCACCAUGAAGUACCCGGGCGUGGAGCUGAUUUUCGACCACGUGGGGCACUUCGGCAGGUUCCAGGUGUUCAUCUAUUUUAUAUGUGCCUUCCAGAACAUGUCUUGUGGUAUCCAUUACAUGGGUUCCAUGAUUUUGGUAGUUGCUCCCGAGCAUGCCUGCAAGCCCCCAGGCAACGUGAGUAAGUUUGUUGUCCACAAUACCUCUGUCGCGAAGCUGGAGGAUGUGUGGGCCCUGAUGUCCCCGGACCAUAAAGAGCACAUCACAGCAGAGCUGCAGAACGGUGAGGUCUGGGACCUCUCCCGGUGCGGUAGAGUGCGCAGGGACAGCCCAUUACAUGCAGCAAACAGCGGCAGUGAGCCUCACUUUCCUUGCUCGGACGGCUACGUAUAUGACCAAAGGCAAUGGAAAAGCACCGUGGUGACCAAAUGGAAUCUGAUCUGUGACCAGAAAUUGUUUGCAAAGCUGAUCCAGCCCAUUUUUAUGUUUGGAGUCCUGCUGGGGGCGAUCAUCUUUGGCUACUUUUCUGACAAGAAGGGAAGACAAGUGGUCUUGUGGUUCACAAGCACCGGCAUCUUUCUGUUUGGAAUCCUGUCCACAUUUACCUUUGACUACUACAUCUUCAUGAUUGCACGCUUUUUUCUGGCCAUGGUUACAAGUGGCUAUCUUGUGGUGGGGUUUGUCUACGUGACGGAAUUCGUUGGCAGAAAAUCUCGGACGUGGACAUCCAUGAACAUGAACAGCUUUUUUGUGUUUGGCCUGAUAGUGGUGGCUUUUACAGGCUACUUUGUCAAGACCUGGUGGCUUUAUCAAGUUAUCCUCUCUUCAGUGACUUUUCCCUUUAUCCUGUACUGCUGGGUGCUCCCAGAGUCGCCUUUCUGGCUCAUCUCCGAGGGGAGAUACAAAGAAGCGCAGCAGCUCAUUGACGUGAUGGCCCACUGGAACGGCACCAGCCGCUGUGACCUGUGUGAAGUUCUCUCACUGGAUCUGAGUGCGCCCGUUGGUAGUAAAUCCGCUGCCACUAAGAAGCCCAACAUAUUAGAUCUGUUCUAUAGCUGGAAAGUUACAUCAGGAACACUGACUAUUUGGCUUGUUUGGUUUACAGUGAGUUUUGGAUUCUAUUCUUUGUCCAUGAAGCCUAUUCAUUCAGGAGACAGUGUGUACAUCAACCUCUUCCUUGUGGCCGUGCUGGAAAUUCCUGGCUACAUCUUCACAAGUGUCCUGAUCAACAAGGUUGGGAGGAGAAUUGGUCAGGCCUUCUGCCUCUUCUGCAUUGCUCUGUUCUGCACCAUCAUCAUCGCCAUACCCCAGAGAUACUACUUUGGGGUGAUUGCAGCAACUAUAUUUGCAAGAUUUUUCAUAGGAUCAACAUUUGGCCUUGUUUACCUUUAUACUGCUGAGCUGUAUCCAACCGUUGUAAGGUCACUGGCCAUGGGCACCAGCAACAUGGUGUGCCGCGUGGGGAGCAUCUUGGCCCCGGUCGCCCUGUACCUCAGCAGCACCUGGAUCUUCAUGCCCCAGCUGAGCCUGGGGAUUCUCUCCUUCCUGGGUGGAGUGUUCUCGAUGACCCUGCCGGAAACCAACAGGAAGCCGCUGGCGACGACUUGGGAGGAGAUGGCGCUUCUGGAGUCAGAACACCAAAGCACUUCCAGCAAAGCCGUCCCCACCGCCAAUGAGCCGGGCGUGGAAAACACGGAAGUGGUUAAGCUCGAGGAUUCUGGCCUGGGCGAAUGAAUGUGGGGCCAGCGCCUGCACCUGCACCCUGUUCAUCACGAGAGGAGAGUUACUCCCACCCCCACCUGCUGAGUAGGAGAAUGUUUCGCACGUUUUGUAAGAAAGUUUUAACAAUUGUUUUGUAAAAGUAGAAGAAAUAAAACGAGACUUGGAUGUUGUUUUAAA